CAUCUGUGAGUCACAAGAGGAAGAGGAAGGAGAAUGAAGAGCCGAGUAUCGAAUUGUGGGGAAUGUUGUGGUUGAUUUUAAAAGUAAUAGAGAGGUAGAUAACAUCAGGAGUACAAUUGAAAGUUGGGAAAGUAAGAGAAGGAGAUUUGAAAGUGUAGUUGUGAGACAAGCUAUUGACAAGUGAGCAAGACCACGUUCAGAGGGCCGUUGCGAAAGGAAAUCUCCCUUCACUACUGUACAUAAUCUGCUGAUCGAGUGUUGCAGGUUGGAUACCGCCAGCACUGCAUCACUGCCGUCACGCCGCCCCGUCACAACACUCGCCCCGCCUUGCACUGAAACCAUGGAGGAAUGGGAGGAAUACUUUGCCCAGAAUCCAGCACCACGGGGCCACAUCCAGAACUGCGCCCAGAUGGAGGCCUUCUGUCAGCAUCAUGUUGGCCACCACCCCAUUGCCCUGGUCACCUCUGGAGGCACUACUGUCCCCCUUGAACGCAAUACUGUCAGGUUUGUGGAUAACUUCAGUGCUGGGACACGAGGGGCAGCCUCCACGGAGUACUUCUUGCGCCAGGAUUAUGCUGUCAUUUUCAUUCACCGAGACAAGUCAGUCACUCCCUUCUUGCGUCAUCUCAAUCCCAGGUUCCUAUUAGAUGCAAUGCUUGAAGGACCAGGUGGAAUCCUACAGCUUUCCUCAACACACUCUAGUCAGGUGCAUCCAGUAUGGCGUGAGUACCAGCAGAUUAAAUCAGAAGGGCGCCUUCUAUGGCUUACCUUCACCUCCCUCAGCGAUUACCUCUGGCUCCUUCGUUCUGCCACUCAGUGUCUGCAGCGACUGGCCCCUAAGGCUCUGCUGUACCUGGCAGCAGCUGUCUCUGACUUCUACAUUCCUCAAGAUGAGAUAUCUGAGCACAAGAUUCAGUCAGAGUCUGGUCCACUAACAGUGCAACUACAGCUGGUGCCCAAGAUGCUGCGUCCUCUGGUCUCUGUGUGGGGUCCAGAGCUGUAUGUGGUAUCCUUCAAGCUUGAGACGGAUGAGAAGAAGUUGAUUGAGAAGGCAACAGCAGCCCUACGGAAAUACAAGCAUGACCUGGUGAUUGGGAACCUACUGCAGACAAGGCGGGAGGAGGUGACACUGGUAACAGAGCGUGAGAGCAGUCUUCUGCGACUCACUGAGCACCAAAAGGCUGAACACAUUGAAAUAGAGAAGCUCAUUGUAGAGGAAGUGUGUAGCCGUCACCGAAAUUUUAUUAAGUAUUGAGUCUAGUAGUGAGGUAGGUAAGUGUGUGUGUGUGUGUGUGUGUGUGUGUGUGUGUGUGUGUGUGUGUGUGUGUGUGUGAGUGUAAAUGCUUAUGUGUUUGUGAACAUGCACAGAGGGGUGUUGCUAAUUUUCUUUUAAGGAUUUAAGUGAUACACACACACACACACACACA